AAGCCAACGCGAAUACCCCUCCUCCUUCCUUUCCUCCCCGAGAAGCCGCUGCUGCUACAGCCGCCAUCAUGGGAGUAGAUAUCCGCCACAACAAGGACCGCAAGGUGCGGCGAAAGGAGCCCAAAAGCCAGGAUAUCUAUCUGAGGCUUCUGGUUAAGCUUUACCGUUUCUUGGCCCGUCGUACCAACUCCAACUUCAACAAAGUUGUCCUAAGACGUCUCUUCAUGAGCCGCACAAAUAGGCCACCGCUCUCCGUGUCCCGCUUGAUGCGUAAAAUGAAGACGCCUGGACGUGAAAACAAAAUUGCAGUGGUGGUGGGAUGCAUCACAGAUGAUGUCAGGAUCCAAGAAAUCCCAAAGCUUAAGGUUUGCGCACUUAAAGUGACUGGUGGUGCACGCGACCGCAUUCUGAAGUCUGGAGGACAGAUCAUGACAUUUGAUCAGCUGGCUCUUGCUGCCCCCAAAGGCCAGAACACAGUUCUCUUAUCAGGACCACGUAAGGCACGUGAGGUGUACAGACACUUUGGCAAGGCACCCGGUACUCCCCACAGUCAUACCAAGCCCUACAUUCGCUCCAAGGGCAGAAAAUUUGAGCGUGCCAGAGGACGCAGAGCCAGCAGAGGAUACAAGAACUAGAGUUUUUGUCUAUGCUUUGUACACAAUAAAAACAAAUUCAAGUCUUCAA